GGCCGGGCCGGGCCGGAGCCGGGAUGGCGGAGCCGGGGUCUCCUAUGCGGCUGAAGGAGUGGCUGAUCGCGCAGAUCGACAGCGGCCGCUACCCGGGGCUGCGCUGGGAGAACCGCGAGCGGACGCUCUUCCGCAUCCCCUGGAAGCACGCGGCCAAGCAGGACUACCGGCAGCAGCAGGACGCCGCUCUCUUCAGGGCUUGGGCCGUCUACAAGGGCAAAUACCACGAGGGCACGGACAAGGCGGACCCAUCCACCUGGAAGACGCGGCUGCGCUGCGCUCUCAACAAAAGCACCGACUUCCAGGAGGUGCCCGAGCGGAGCCAGCUGGACAUUUCCGAGCCUUACAAGGUGUACCAGAUCGUGUGCGACGGCACCCGGGAUGCAGAGAAGGAUGAGAAGGAUGGCAGAAUGCAGCCCACAACCAGCAAGGAGCCACAGGGCCACGUGGCUGAGGAGAGCCACCGAGGCACAGCAGGAACGUGCCACAUGCCCACAUUACCCCUGCUAACUGCCCAUCCGGCAGAGCGAGGGUACCACGUGCGGGGAAUCUUCUACGGCUGGAGCCCGAUCCGCAGCCACCUGCUCCCCAGGGCCCCAUCCUUCCUCUCUGCCGAGGAUGUCAACCACUCAGACUGCUGGCUGCACAUCCGCCUGUACUACUGCGACGUGUUGGUGAAGGAGCUCACCACCCGCACGGCCGAGGGCUGCCGCAUCGCCUCGCGAGCCGAGGCUCCCUACGGCCCCUCCUGCAUGGAGCAGAUCGAGUUCCCCCCACCACGUGCACUGGGAGGUGGCGGGUGGACAGUCGCUGUGACUGAGGUUCUGGAGAGGCUGCUGCCCCACCUGGAGCGCGGGGUGCUGCUGUGGGUGGCCCCCGAGGGGGUCUUCAUGAAGCGGCAGUGCCAGGGCAGGGUGUACUGGAAUGGGCCGCUGGCCCCACACCGGGACUGGCCCAACAAGCUGGAGAGGGAGAAGACCUACAAGCUGCUGGACACGCAGCUGUUCCUGGAGGAGCUACGCAGGUACCUGAGCCACGGGCAGCCAGCCCCGCAGUACCAAAUCCACCUGUGCUUUGGUGAGGAAUACCCCACCAGCACCGGCCGCCACCUCCAGAAGCUCAUCAUGGCCCACGUGGAGCCGGUGUUUGCACGAGAGCUCUUCCACCACGCCCAGCGCCUGGGUCCUGCACUGAUGCGGGGCUGCCCCCAGCCCUGCACGCCCGCAGCCCCCGGCCGCAUCGCCCACGUCCUGCAGCAGCUCUGCCAGCCCUGAGCCGGGCAGUUGAGGGGACACGAAGCCUGGGGACGCGCGGCCGCCCAGCGGCGAAUCCGUAAAGCCACAGGGCGUUUAGCAGGGACGGCUGCACAUGGAUGCUGGCUGGAGCGGGGCACUGCACGGAGCGCUGUAUUUAUUCCCCAAGAACCCAGCGGAGGCUGCUGCGUGCAGUUGUGCCCAGCAGGGGACAGCCAGCUCUGUCCUGGUGCCUCGCACUGUGGGGACUUGCUGUUUGUGAGCCGUAGAAAUAAAGGCUGUGUUUCGGUA